AUGGAUCCGUACAGCGAGCAAAAGGUGCUGCUGCACACCGGCUCGUUCACCGGCUACCGACCACAGCAAGAGCUGGGCAGCAACUAUCUCGCCGCCAACGCCUCUUGUAACAACUUCUGCGGCAACGAAGAGGGAUGGGGUCCCCUGAGUCCGUUUCGAUACGACUUCACGCCGUGCUUCGUCGAUGUCUGGAUCGCUGCCGUCUCCGUAUAUGGUAUUCUCUUUGGCGCCAUCGCCAUCUGGUGGCUUAAGAAGAAGAAGCAGGAAUUGUCGACAUCUAAGAAUGCCCAUUUCUGGAUUAAACAGACCCUACUCGGUGCCAUCAUCGCCGACGUCAUCGUUCAAUUCGCUUUCCAAAUCGUUAGCUAUGGAAGCAUCUGGUAUCGCGACUUCCGAGCCUGGACCACCGUUGCCCUCGUCUUGUCCUUAUUCGUCAUCUUUACAAUCCAAUGGCUAGAACAUUCACGCCUGAGAAAUGCAAACGGAGUUGUGCUAUUCUACUGGCUGCUGCUUAUCAUCUCAUUCGCGGUGAAGCAACGCUCAUUGGUUUCGCAGCAGCUUUAUACCAAGAGCCUCCCAUAUUUCAUCACCUACACUAUUGGAGUCGGUCUCAGCGUGGUGGAGUUUUUAGUCGAGUGGCUGUGGCCUCGUUCGCUGGACAAUGGAUAUGAAGCCAUCCUGGAGGAAGAGGAGUGCCCCCAAGACUACGCCACCGUUUUCUCCAAGCUCACCUUCUCCUGGAUGACACCACUGAUGAGACGCGGCUACAAGAUCUUCUUGACCGAAAACGAUCUCUGGGGUCUCGCUCGAGCUGAUCAGACCAAAAACACGGGUGUGGCUCUCGAAGAGGCGUGGAAACACGAGCUUAAGCGCCGACCCAACUCACCAUCACUUUGGCUGGCCUUAUUCCGAGCCUAUGGUGGCCCCUAUGUCACUGCCGCUUUCUUCAAGGCUGGAAACGACGUUGCACAGUACAUCCAACCGCAGCUCCUCCGUCUUCUCAUUGCGUUCGUCGCAUCUUACAACAUUGGAGAGACUCCCCAGCCCAUCAUUCAAGGCGCCUCUAUUGCGCUUGCCAUGUUUGCGUGUGCCGUCUUCCAAACCACAAUGGUUCACCAGUAUUUCCAACUGGCUUUCGAAACUGGUAUGCGUAUCAAGGGUGGUCUGGCCUCGACAAUCUAUCGAAAGUCACUGCGACUGUCUAACGAGGGACGAUCAACCAAGUCCACUGGUGAUAUCGUCAACUACAUGGCAGUCGAUGCCCAACGUCUCCAAGAUCUUACCCAGUUCGCCCAGCAAGCCUGGUCGGCGCCAUUCCAAAUCACCAUCUGCAUGGUUUCCUUGUAUAACCUCGUCGGAUGGUCUAUGAUGGCAGGUAUCGUCGUCAUGAUUAUCAUGAUGCCCGUGCAAGGCUUUGUCGCUCGAAUGAUGAGAAACCUGCAGAAGGAUCAGAUGAAGAACAAGGAUGCCAGAAGUCGAUUGAUCAACGAAAUCAUCAACAACAUGAAGAGCAUUAAGCUCUAUGCCUGGGGUUCUGCCUUCAUGGCCAAGUUGAACUUUGUCCGCAACGAGCAAGAGUUGAAGAACCUUCGCAGGAUUGGCGCGACCCAGGCCGUGGCCAACUUCACCUGGAACACUGCGCCCUUCUUCGUCUCAUGCUCUACCUUUACCGUUUUCGUUCUCACCCAGGAUCGCCCUCUGACUACGGAUAUUGUCUUCCCUGCUCUCGCCCUGUUCAAUCUCUUGACCUUCCCUCUGGCUGUGCUUCCCAUGGUCAUCACCUCUAUCGUGGAGGCUUCCGUUGCUGUUGGCCGUCUGACCGCCUUCCUCACCGCUGAGGAGCUACAGACCGAUGCCGUUACUGUUGGAGAAUCCCCUCAGGAGAUGGGUGAGGAAACCGUUCUCAUUCGAGACGGUACCUUCUCUUGGAACCGUCACGAAGAUAAGAACGCGCUGACAGACAUCAAUUUUACUGCCUACAAGGGAGAACUGUCCUGCGUUGUCGGCCGAGUUGGAGCUGGCAAGUCCUCGUUCUUGCAAAGUAUUCUUGGUGGCUUAUACAAGGUAAAGGGCUCCGCGGAAGUCAGGGGAACUAUUGCAUACGGCUCUCAACAAUGCUGGAUUCUUAAUGCCACAGUCAAGGAAAACAUCGUCUUUGGAUAUAAAUGGGAUCCCGAGUUCUAUGAAAAGACUGUAAAGGCUUGUGCUCUGGUUGACGAUUUCGCACAACUCCCUGAUGGUGAUGAAACUGUCGUGGGUGAGCGAGGUAUCUCUCUUAGUGGUGGCCAAAAAGCUCGUGUUUCGUUGGCUCGCGCUGUCUACGCUAGAGCUGACAUCUACCUUCUCGACGAUGUACUAUCGGCUGUGGAUUCCCAUGUCGGCCGACACAUUAUUGAAAAUGUCCUUGGGCCCCGUGGUUUGCUCUCUACUAAGACUCGUAUCCUAGCCACGAACGCUAUUUCUGUCUUGAAACAAGCCAGCUACAUCACCCUUCUCAAGGAUGGAGAAAUUGUCGAGAGAGGAACCUACGAGCAGCUCAUUGCCAGAAAGGGACUUGUUGCCGAUCUCCUGAGAACUGCAGGCCAUGAUUCUACCAGCCCCUCUAGCGGUAGUUCCAGCGGCGAAUCUAGCGAAACAUCUACUGUCAUCGAACCUCUCAGCACUCAAGACAAGGAAGAACUGGAAGAAGCGCAAGAGCAGGUUCCUGAAAUGGCGCCCAUUAAGACUGGAUCUGCCAUGACGGAUAAGCCAAGAUCAAGCAGUAUGGCGACUUUGCGACGUGCCAGCACAGCGAGCUUCAAGGGACCCCGCGGAAGGCUUACGGAUGAAGAAGUCGCGGGAAGCUCCAAAACAAAGCAAGCUAAAGAGCACAUUGAGCAAGGCAAGGUCAAGUGGUCAGUCUACGGCGAGUAUGCCAAGGAAAACAACCUCUACGCUGUAGCCAUUUACAUAAUUGCACUCCUCGCCGCGCAGACGGCCAAUAUUGGUGGUUCCGUCUGGCUGAAGGAGUGGGCUGAGAAGAACCAGUAUCUCGGCUCCAACGACCACAUCGGAAAGUACAUUGGUAUUUAUUUUGCCUUUGGUAUUGGCUCUUCCCUCUUGACGGUUCUCCAAACGCUUAUCCUAUGGAUCUUCUGCUCCAUUGAAGCCUCUCGCAAGCUCCACGAGCGCAUGGCCAACGCUAUUUUCAGGUCUCCUAUGUCUUUCUUCGAUACCACCCCGGCUGGUCGAAUCUUGAACCGAUUCUCCAGUGAUAUUUACCGUGUCGACGAAGUCUUGGCUCGAACAUUCAAUAUGCUUUUCGUCAACGUCGCCAAGUCUGGCUUCACUCUCAUCAUUAUCUCCGUAUCUACGCCUGCUUUUGUCGCUCUCAUCGUCCCCAUUGCUCUGGCAUACUACUGGAUUCAACGCUACUACCUCCGAACUUCACGUGAGCUCAAGCGUCUGGACAGUGUUAGCCGUAGUCCCAUCUACGCUCACUUCCAAGAGUCGCUUGGAGGUGUCACCACAAUUCGCGCCUACCGUCAAAUCGAGAGAUUCCAGCUCGAAAACGAGUGGAGAGUUGAUGCCAAUCUUCGUGCCUAUUUCCCAUCCAUCAGUGCCAACCGUUGGCUGGCUGUUAGACUUGAGUUCAUCGGAGCCGUAGUCAUUCUUGCUGCCGCUGGCUUUGCCAUCGUCUCUGUUGCAAGCCACAGUGGUCUGAGUGCUGGUCUCGUUGGUCUGGCCAUGUCUUAUGCCCUGCAGAUUACAACAUCUCUCAACUGGAUCGUCCGUCAGACAGUUGAGGUCGAGACUAACAUUGUAUCUGUCGAGCGAGUACUUGAAUAUGCCCGACUGCCUAGUGAAGCCCCUGAGAUUAUUCCCAGCAAGCGCCCCUCUGUUUCUUGGCCUGCCAAGGGUGAGGUCGACUUCAAGAACUACAGCACUCGUUAUCGUGAGGGAUUGGACUUGGUUCUGAAGAACAUCAAUCUUGACAUCAAGACUCAUGAGAAGAUUGGAGUUGUUGGCCGAACUGGUGCCGGCAAGUCUUCACUGACACUGGCUCUGUUCCGACUCAUUGAGCCAGUCACUGGUCAAAUCGACAUUGACAACCUCAACACAUCGUCUAUUGGCUUAUUGGAUCUCCGACGCCGCCUUGCUAUUAUCCCGCAGGAUGCAGCUCUCUUUGAGGGCACUGUCCGUGACAACCUAGACCCAGGCCACGUACACGAUGACAGCGAACUUUGGAGCGUACUAGACCAUGCUCGUCUGAAGGACCAUGUAGCCAGCAUGGAUGGUGGCCUUGAAGCUAAGAUUAACGAAGGCGGGCGAACGGAAGCUGACUGGAUGACUACUAAUUUAGGCUCCAAUCUUUCUCAGGGGCAACGGCAGCUCGUGUCAUUAGCCCGUGCCAUGCUCACCCCGUCCAACAUUCUGGUUCUGGAUGAAGCUACUGCCGCUGUCGAUGUAGAGACGGAUGCCAUGCUUCAGGCCACACUGCGAUCUCCACUGUUUGCGAACCGAACCAUCAUUACGGUUGCACACAGACUCAACACCAUUCUGGACAGCGACCGCGUUGUUGUGCUAGAUAAGGGUGAGGUAGCAGAGUUUGAUACACCGAGUGAGCUGUACAAGAAGCAGGGUAUCUUUUACAACCUCAUGAGACAGGCGGGUCUUGAGAUUGAUUCUUGA